CAUUUUUACAUUUUCAAAAAAUAAAUAAAUAACCCAUUAUUUACUAUGAUUUAUAAGCUGUUUUCCUCAUGGGGAGCAAACAUUUCCUCAACAUUUGGUCUUCUCAAGGUAGAGUUUACCAGGUACACACACACACACACACACACAAACACAUCAGCUGAAUUCUGUGUUAAUGUGCCAAGUUACUAUAGCAACCUUAUAGCAACUAUACUUCUCGGUAGAAGUAUUUAUUUAUUUAUUUCAUUUAUUUAUUUAAAAUGAUAGAUUUAAUAAUUUAUUAAACGUUAGUGUCUUUUUUUCCUAUUGCUGCUUUUUUUUUUUUUUUUUUUUUUAAAUAUUAGGCUAAUAUAAAAAAAUAUUAUAGGCCUACCAGUCAUUAUGAACACUAUUUUAACACUAGUGAACUCUCCUUACACUGGUAAAAUCAGUAAUCGCCCAAACUCCCCUGUCUUAUUGCUCUAAUAUAUACAUUAAAAUGAUGUAUUUUAGCACAACAUAAUUUUGAUUCGCCUUUUAUUGACAUGUAAUUCCAUCCCUUCGCAGCUCUGUAAGCAGACCGCCUCUGUUCAGUGGAGAGCAGUAGUACGCAUGGGCGUGUUGAAGAUAGUAGGGUAGGGCUGGAGCGCGCGCUGGAUGCUCUUAACGAGCACACAUGUAGAGCACUUGAUGUGCAGAGGAGAUCAUUUUCUCUCAGCUGAUGAACGGCAGCUGACCACCAGAUUCUCCAGCACAGUUUUAAGCGACUUUCCCCCGACUUUAACCUCAUUCAAGUUUCUUGAGUUGUAGGGGGGCUCUUUAUUAAUACCCUGGCCUUGUUAACUCCGGGUUGGUCCGAACGGGACCGUGAAAGCCUCCGCGGGGCCAGGCUGCGCGAGCCGUGGAACUGCCCCGAGCCGCGCGCGCUCAUGGAGGGAGACAUCAUGGACAAACUGGAGGACAUGGCUUCGGUCUACGAGUUCGACCCGUUAACGGGGAACAUCCCCGCCACCAAAGUGGAGAUCACAGUUUCGUGCAGGAAUCUUUUAGACAGAGACACAUUCUCCAAAUCUGAUCCAUUGUGCGUGUUGUACACUCAGGGCGUGGAGACCAAGCAGUGGAGAGAGUUUGGAAGAACGGAGGUGAUUGACAACACGCUAAAUCCGGACUUUGUCAGGAAGUACAUCCUGGACUACUUCUUUGAGGAGAAACAGAGCCUGCGCUUUGAUUUAUAUGAUGUCGACUCUAAAAGUCCUGAUCUUUCCAAACACAAGCCCCUUGAACUAUACGACUUUCUUGGCCAGAUGUUCUGCACACUGGGUGAAAUUGUGGGGUCACCGGCCAGCCGACUAGAGAAACCUCUUGGGGGCAUACCAGGGAAGAACUGCGGCAUUAUCAUCUUAUCUGCUGAAGAACUGGGGAACUGCAGGGACAGUGCAACCAUGCAGUUCUGUGCCAACAAAUUGGACAAGAAGGACUUUUUCGGGAAAUCGGAUCCCUUCAUGGUCUUCUUCAGAAGCAACGAAGACGGCACGUUUACAAUCUGCCACAAGACAGAGGUGGUGAAGAACACCCUCAACCCUGUUUGGCAGCCGUUCACCAUUCCAGUCAGAGCUCUCUGCAAUGGCGACUAUGACAGAACAAUCAAAGUGGAAGUGUAUGACUGGGACCGUGAUGGGAGCCAUGAUUUCAUCGGUGAAUUCACCACCAGCUACAGAGAGUUAGCCCGAGGUCAGAGCCAGUUCAAUGUGUAUGAGCACGAGUCCUCAUCCUUUGGAAGUGCAUGUAAAGUGGAUUUGCUUUGGCAGCACAGAAAACAGCGUCUUCUCGACAUGUCGACCACACGAACAAAACUCUUCCAGUCUCAGGUGGUGAAUCCAAAGAAGAAGAUGAAGAAGAAGAAAUAUGUAAAUUCGGGCACGGUGACACUGCUGUCAUUCUCAGUGGAAUCAGAGUCGACUUUCCUUGAUUACAUCAAAGGAGGGACCCAGAUCAAUUUCACUGUGGCCAUCGAUUUCACCGCCUCUAACGGUAACCCAUCCCAGUCCACGUCUCUCCAUUACAUGAACCCCUACCAGAUGAACGCCUACGCCCUGGCACUGAAGGCAGUGGGGGAAAUCAUCCAGGACUAUGACAGUGACAAGAUGUUCCCUGCACUGGGAUUUGGAGCCAAGCUGCCCCCUGAUGGACGGGUGUCUCAUGAGUUUCCCCUAAAUGGAAAUAUCGAAAAUCCCUACUGUAAUGGUAUUGAGGGGAUUUUGGAGGCGUACCAUCAGAGUCUAAAGACCGUCCAGCUAUACGGGCCUACUAACUUUGCCCCUGUUGUAAAUCACGUGGCCAGGUACGCAGCUGCUGUCCAGGAUGGCUCGCAGUAUUUUGUGCUCCUCAUCAUCACAGAUGGGGUCAUAUCAGACAUGUCACAGACCAAAGAGGCCAUCGUGAAUGCUGCCAAGCUUCCCAUGUCCAUCAUUAUUGUUGGAGUUGGACAGGCUGAAUUUGAUGCUAUGGUUGAGUUGGAUGGUGAUGACAUCAGGAUCUCCUCAAGAGGAAAAUUAGCAGAGCGAGACAUUGUCCAGUUUGUGCCGUUCCGGGAUUACAUGGACCGGACGGGAAACCACGUGUUGAGUAUGGCACGACUGGCCAAAGACGUUCUGGCUGAGAUUCCCGACCAGUUCAUUUCUUACAUGAAGAGCCGGGGAAUCAAACCCAACCCAGCGCCGCCUCCGUACACACCGCCGGGACAUACACACCACACACAGAUCUGAGCUCCUGAACCUGCUCUCCCUGGAAUCAUGGGGUAGCUGUACCGGAGCUUUAGGGUUUAGCUCCCUGUCACCAUGUGUUUGAACUCUCCGAGACAUUCCGAGGUACAGUGGCGUUUCUGUUUGUGCCAUUUAUAUUUUCUGCCCGUUUUUUUCUGGGAAGGACAGUGUGACCCAAGGGCAGCUUUUUUGUUUGUUUUGUUUAAAAAUAUCUAUAUCUUGGCCUGUGACUGUUUCUUAUUUUGUGGAUCAGUUGACAAGAGGACGAAGAGCCGGAGGAGGAGGAGGGUGAUGUUUGUGGUUUCAACUUGUGCCUGUCUGUGACUGUCUCAGUGUUCCAGGACAAGUGUGCCCUAAUCUGACAUUGGACCUUACUCCACAUCGGUAUACUAGAGUGUGCGCGUUACGGUGACGUUUUUAGAGUCGUAUCGCUUUCAUUUCGUAUCAGGUCAGGCUUGUGACGGUUUGGGUUUAUUAUGUCAAGCAUCUCUUGUGGAAAAAAUGUUAUCUGAUUCUCUGUCAGUAUCAAUUAUGGUUUAGGAAAGCAUGCAUGUGUGAGGAGAAGCAAAAUUAUAAUUUUGUGCUGAGAGAUGUACUAGUUGCAACACAGGCUCUUUGGAAAAACAUGCCUCUACCUACAUUUUAACAAAACGUACCAAUACAUACAAAUCUCUGCAGUUUCCAGCUGAAAUGAACACUAGAAGCAGUAAAACACAACUUUUAUUCCUUUUUUCACAGAAAAUUAUGAUUACAGAGUAGAUUAUUGAUUAAUAAAGACUUAUUUGCACAAUACUAAGUUAUGACCUCAAAACACUUUUACUAUAGUGCAUGAUUUGUAAACUAAUACAUUUUAACAUUUGCAUCACAUAACUAGCUCCAUAUGUGUGGCUUUUCUGACACUGUAAACUUGCUCGUUAGCUCACCUGGUACAGGUUUGCACUUGUGAUGCGGAGCGUUGGGGUACGAGUCCUGUGAAACACGAGUCACGAUAAAAGAGCUCAAAGUACAAGUAGCUAAAUUGGCCUAGUUGCUUCAGUAAAUCUGUUUUUGGGUUUAGUGUAAGUGGGAUGUCAUUUUUAAACGCGAUUAAAAGACUAGUUCACUUCUGAAUUAAAAUUUCCUGAUAAUUUACUCACCCCCAUGUCAUCCAAGAUGUUUGUAUUUCUUU